GGGAGGGCAAAACACGUCCAGAGAUAAGAAGGGUAGAUCAUGAGUCACUGAGUCAGUCGGUUUCAGUAUCAGUAUUGUUUCAGUGUAUUGGGGUAGCAGGUGUUACGUGGGUAAUCAGGGUUAAAUUUUAUUUAUCGAGUUGGCAGUGUGUGACGGUGAAAUCUUGAAACGUGAUAUCAACUACAAUUAAGAUGCCUGUUCAAGAUCCUCGGUUAGAAAACUUUUUCGAUAGUUCAAGUGAAGAAGAUUUAUCAGAAAUGACUGUGGAAGGCAACAUGCUGGAGAACAUUCCAAUCCAACUAGAUGCAUUUGAAAAGAGAUUGUUGAAGGACUACAGCACUCGCGAUACGUUACCGGAAACUGAAUUGCAGUUACCUACUCUUCUCAUAAAUAGUUUUUCGCGUAUGUUUCGUUUGUGGCAUAAAAAUCCUGCUUUCAAGAACUCCAUUCAGAGCCACGUGUUUUAUGAUAUUUUCUCCUUGAUGUUUCGCUCGCUGAACGAAGAACCUAUUUCAAGCGAUGAACAAACCGAAGAUGAUAUUGAUUUGUCCAAUCUUACCGGUGUCUGUGAUAUAUGUGACGAAGAGAUCGAGGUUCUUGAAGGAGACGCUAAGAAAUCGUUUGCUAAACAUGCUCGCACUGAAACACAUAUUCAAAUGUUGAAUCUCCUGAACAAUAUUGGCGUUUCUGAUAAAAUGGACGAAGAAUUAAAGAAAAACUUGAUCAAGCAACCACUCGAAGGACGCAAUAUUGAAAAACAAUCCAAACAAGCUGAAGUUAAUAGUAUAUUGAAAGAAAAUAGCCAUUUCAUAAGUUUAAAGGACGAAGAUUCUGAAUGCUGUUUGUGUGAUAUUGCUUACACCGAGCGAAACGAUCUCAUAAAUCAUUGUUUUUCCAAAAUUCACAACAUACGUAAAUACCACUUCUUCCAAAAACCUCAACCGAUUAUCAAAACUAAAACGGAAUUCAAUGAUGAUUUGAUUUUUACCCGAGGAAAAUAUUUUUAUUGCGUUUUAUGCCAGUGCAGUCAACUUGUGCGGAAUCGAGCUCAUCAUGUCAAAGAAUCAUAUCAUAAAGGAUGGAAAAAUUUUGCUCGUAAGGUUAAACUGCUUAGAGAACCUUACAUGUGUAAAAUCAAUCGAGACUUUGCUUUCUGUCAAUUAUGUGAUACAAAAUUUUCAUUGGCUAACGGCAUCGCUUCGCAUUGCCAAACGAAACGUCAUACGACAUUUAAACAUUUCGCCAACGAAAUUCUAUGCUCAAACUUCAAAGGUGUCUCAUUCAGAAAUGUUUCGUGAUGAUGUUUUUGGUGAAGCAUUAUUCAAAUACAAAUUGGAGACUGUUUUUUGCUAUUUUACAUCAAUUUACCUAGAAUUUAACCACAUAUUUAAUUUUUAUACCAUUUUAUAUUUAUGUAAUGUCCUGUUUGUAUUGUGAAUCGUGUAAUAUAUAUUUCAAUUUUUUUAUGAA